AUGGAAGGCCGUGCAGUUGUGGAAGUGGGCCAGCGCCCAGUAUAUAUCUACAAUGGAGUGACGGAUCUCAGAGAGCUCAAAGACAUCAGCCUCAACGGCGCAAGCCUUUUCUUCAAUGGCACGUUCUCUGUUGAUGGGCUGCGACACGUCAAUUUGCAAGGCGCCCAUGUAUUUUUCAAUGGAAAGCUUCAAUCAGGGGUGACGAGAGGAGUCUCCCAAGACGCCGUUGCUACUACAGUGUCAUCCCCACUUUCUAAAAGCGAUGGUCAAGUGGAGGCAUCUUCUCAUGAUGGCAGCCGGAAUAGCUCGCCGCACGUCGAUCCUGCAGUACGUAGGCCUUCCAAAGCCUUAGAUUCUGGUAGGAUGGAAUGCUCGAGUGAAAGAACAGACUCGAAGCCUACUUCGGCAGGAAUGGAUCAUCUAAACCCAAAAGAUGCAGAAAUUCGUCCACUUCACAAUGAGCAUCCCACUUCUGAGCGAAUAGAGUCCGUGACGAGGUCUGGCAAUUCUUUGUCACACAACGCGAAUCUUACACCUUUUGGGCUCAAUCAAAAGGUCGCGGGUAGGCAGCAAACACGGACUUCCGGGGAGGCGGUUGACCGCUCAAUGCCACCUGCUCGCAGUGUCCGGUUCAAUGUGCCAGCCGUUUUACCAACCCCUGUGCCAAGUCUUCCCCUGAAACAUAUGCAAUGCACCAAUCCUAGCCCUCGACGCAGGGGUUCGAUAUCCGAGACCGUGCAUAAAUCCACCUCUCACACCUCUGUUUUCAACCGACCGUGGGAACAUGAUCGAGCGGAUGUUCACCUCAAGCUCCCACCUCAGAAGCGACCUUCAGAUCAAGACAUUUGGAAUAGCUCGAAAGAGGAGAAGAAGCCAAGGCUGGAGAAACAUAACGGCUUUGACCUCGACAAGCAGACAAACAAGCUGAUUCAAGAGGAGGUUGUUCAACGGAGUAAGCGAGCGAAACAACUAUCGGACAACGACAAUGGUCAUGACGCCACAGCUGAACACGAAAAGAUACGUAAAUUGUCGACUCAGCGAAACGAGAUGCGGUCCCAGUUACUGGGCAAACCACAUCGGCCACUGUUAGCAUCAACCAUUCCUUCUGGCCCCACUAGAGAUAGGCUAGCAGUGAAUGUUCCUCAGCAGAUGCCUAGGCUGCCCCAGAGCUCACCCCUCAAUAACGUAAUCAACUCGGCAACACUCAACGAGGAAAUUGUUCAGACAAGAAUCAGGUUCAACCUUGCCCAAAAAGAUUUAAUUGAUGAGAGGGCUAGACGAGGAACGGCGUCCAAGGCACUUUCAGCUCAGGUGACAGCUUUGAAUAAGAAGCUUGCGAAAUUGCACAGAAAACGAACUGAGAUCAACGACGAUACAGAUCGGAUGAACGCAUUUCGGAGAUGUGAUCUAGAAGGGUACAGGCUUGAUGUUGGAGCAUUGAUACAGACCACACCCAAGAGUCCACCAGUCUGUCCACUCUCUCCUUCCGACAGCGAAUGGAAGAAUCGUCUAAGCUUGUGCUACGAAGCUCUUGAGAGGACAAAGCUUGAAAAUAUUGAGGUCAAGGUUGCAAAGAGGGAAUUGGGGACGUUGUCUGGGGAAGAAAACCCGGUGAUCAAGCAGGAGAAAUGCGACCAGAACAUUUUGUGGAGGGUCGAAGCAGCUGGGGAUAAGGUCUUCCCGAUGCCAUCACGGCGUCAGGUGCAUUUCGCCCUCACUGACAUAGAGACGUGUCUCUAA